GAGAGAGAGACAGGGGGUGGGGGGAGAGAGAAUAAUUAAGAGACAUAUUAAAAAAAAUGAAAGAAAAUAUCCAACGUGAGGAUUCGAUUUUUUAAAAGUUACAAAGUGUUUUUAAUUUUGUUAUACCAAUAUUGUAUCACCGAGUAUUGCGAUAAACAAAACUAUAAUGUUUGGUUAAACUACAGCUUAUAUAGUAAAUCGAAACGACCAAUAAAAACGUCAAAGAAAGACAAUAUUGUGAUUCGAGUGAUAACAAUAACGUAGUAUUUAUCAAUCGUUUAAAGUAUAAGUGUUUGUUUCUACGCAAGUUAUCGUAUUAAUGAUAAAUCAUAUAUUUGAUUCGUAAUGGAUAUAUGUGCUUGAUAAUUUUGAUAUUAAAUAGCAAAAGCGUUUGAAAGAUUCAGGCUCAGUUUUAUUAAAAAACUUAAUUUAUGCGUUUAAUUGAAGACGAACUCAUUUAAAGAAAAUGAUGACGUUAAUAAUACUCUGGUUAUUAAGCGGAUUAAUCGCACUUUGGUUAUUAUUUAAUUUCGCAAAUCAUUUAAUAUCUAUUAUAUGGGAAAUAUUUUUUCCCCUUAUCAAUUCCAAAACGAUCAAUUUGCGCACGAAAUUUGGCGAAUGGGCAGUGGUAACAGGAUCAACCGAUGGAAUUGGAAAGGCUUACGCAAUGGAACUAGCUACAAGAAACAUUAAUUUAAUCUUAAUAAGCAGAAGUUUAGAUAAAUUGGAAAAUACCAAGUCUGAAAUAUUAAACGUUAAUCCUAACAUAGAAGUGAGGAUCAUACAGGCAGACUUUAGCAAAGGCAAACUGAUCUACGAAGAAAUCAAAUCUCAAUUGGAAAAUAUACCAAUUGGAAUAUUGGUGAAUAACGUGGGCAAACAGUAUAGUUAUCCAAUGUAUCUCAACGAAGUUCCGGAGGAUGAGCUAUGGGAUAUUAUAACAAUAAAUGUGGGGGCUGCCACGAUGAUGACGCGAUUAAUUAUUGAAGGAAUGAAAAAACGUAGAAAAGGUGCAAUCGUUAAUAUAUCUUCUGGCUCGGAACAUCAGCCGCUACCAUUAAUGACCGUCUAUGCUGCAACCAAAGUAUAUUUGAAAAGUUUCUCCAAUGCAAUUAGAAUCGAAUAUUCGAAAUUUGGUAUAACGAUUCAACAUUUGUCACCAUUCUUUAUCAAUACCAAAAUGAAUGCCUUCAUUCCGAGAUUUCAGGUAUCCAGCCUAUUUGUUCCUAAUCCAACGACUUAUGCCAAAAAUGCAAUAGCCACACUCGGUAAAGUAGAUUCAAGCAGCGGAUAUUGGGCCCAUGAUAUUCAAACAUUUUUCAGUCUUAUUGCACCUGUAUGGAUUAGGGCAAAAAUUGGUUGGUUAAUGAACAAAAAAUUUCGGGAAGAUUAUAUUGCAUAUAUCAAAAAUAAAUAAAUUGUUGUUGGAGAAAUUAAUAUUACAAAAUCAAUAUUAUAUUAAUG